CCUGUCGGUCAGCUGAUAUGAGUUGCUACUGUCAUUCAGAAUCUUCAUGAACAGAACCUUUAUAACAGAAGACCCCGUAGAAUUUGAAUUAGAGUCUCGGGAUAGUAAUCGCAUUCAGAAUUACUGCAAACAAUCGGCUGUGCAAGGCUUGGUCGGUCUGUCAGAAAGAUAAUUGUAUAAGAAGACACUGAGGAAGGGGAAGUCGUUCGCAACCGAUUCCCCUAGUAAUGAUAAUUAUUAAUAAAGGCCUGCACUACCGCACGCUUUAAGUUGUGUUAUUUUUAUUUGGAUUUAUUCAAAACUAGGUUAUCCCCAUGGCUUCAAUACUUGAUGAAUACGAGGACUCUCAGAUCAUUCGGCACCCAACGCAGCAGCAGCAUACCCGCCUUUCAGCAUCUAACAUUGGGAUUACACACUCAGGAUUCGUAAAUGCCAGAUUGGAGGAAGAGAAGCCGAUAUUCAAUAAGCAGAGGAUUGACUUUUCUCCCCCUGAGAAGAUUAAUCACUUUGCAGUCUGCAAUAACCAACUUUGUAUGAGCCUUGGGAAAGACACCCUGCUGAGGAUUGAUCUUGGAAAGCCUGAUCAACCAAAUCAGAUUGAACUUGGACGCAAGGAUGAUGCAAAAGUACACAAGCUAUUCUUGGAUCCUACAGGUUCCCAUCUGCUGAUCAGCCUAAAUACAAACGAGUGCCUGUACCUGAACAGAAACACUCAGAAGGUGCGGAGCCUCUCACGAUGGAAGGGUCAUCUCAUUGAGAGCAUUGGCUGGAACAAGUUCCUGGGUACAGAGACCAACACAUGGCCCAUCCUGGUGGGCACCAGCCAGGGACAGAUCUAUGAAGCAGAGAUCUCGACAUCAGAAGGAAGCCUAUUCAGUACCAACCCGGACCAGUAUUUUAGACUGGUCUACACUUUAGAUGAAGAUGGCAAAUCAGCCCCUGUUUGCUGUUUGGAAAUUGAGCGGGGGGUCGAUUCGAAGUUCUUCAUCAUAGCGACCACGCGGAAGCGUCUGUUCCAGUUUGUCGGGAAAGUGCCAGAAGGUGCAGAGCAGCAGGGCUUUAGUUCCAUUUUCAGCCAAAACGCAGACAAUUUCCCCAGCUUUCAGGAGUUUCCAGCCAAUCUUGGCUUCAGCGAAAUAGCGUUUUACACCCCCAAGCUGCGUACCUCGCCGCGAUCAUUUGCCUGGAUGAUGGGUAAUGGAGUUUUAUAUGGAACACUGAACUAUGCCCGUCCUGAUUCUCUGUUAAGUGAUGUUCAGGUUUGGGAGUAUCCUCCAGAUAUCGAUUUCAAUUUCAACAAGCCCAUUUCCAUUGUCCUGACGCAAUUCCAUUUUCUGCUCUUGCUGCCUGAUCGGGUGAAAGCUGUAUGCAUCUUAAAUGGGCAGGUGGUUUACGAAGAUGUCUUCCCAGACAAGUUUGGUUCCUUGAAAAAGAUGAACAAAGACUCAGCUGGCGGAUUAGUGUGGAUUUACACCGAGAAAGCUGUUUUCCGCUACCACAUUCAGAGAGAGGCGCGAGAUGUGUGGCAAAUGUACAUGAGCAUGAGCAAGUUUGACUUGGCCAAAGAGUAUUGCAAAGACAGGCCAGAGUGCCUUGACAUUGUCUUGGCCAAAGAAGCUGAGCACUGCUUCCAGAAUAAGAAAUACCUGGAGAGCGCCAAGUGUUAUGCACUGACGCAAAACUAUUUUGAAGAGAUCGCCUUAAAGUUCAUUGAUGCCAAGCAGGAGGAUGCUUUGAAAGAAUUCCUGAUGAAGAAACUCAACAACCUGAAGCCCAGCGAGAAGACACAGAUCACCCUCCUGGUCACCUGGCUUACGGAACUCUGCCUCAACAGGUUGGGCACCUUAGAAGGAGACGAGUCGAAACGCAGCAUUUUCUUGGAGAGCAGAGAAGAGUUCCGCAAGUUCCUCAGCAGCUCCAAAAUCAAAGAAUGUCUGUACAAUAACAGAACGACCAUUUAUGACCUUUUGGCCAGCCACGGAAAUGUGGAAGACAUGGUGUUCUUCUCUGUCAUUAUGCAGGACUAUGAGCGUGUGAUCUCCCACUAUUGCCAGCAUGAUGACUACGAAGCAGCCCUGGAGGUGUUGUCUAAGCACCGCGAUGAGAAGCUGUUCUACAAGUUCUCACCAGUCCUCAUGCAACACAUCCCCAAGAAGGUGGUAGAUGCCUGGAUCCAGAUGGGGAAGAAACUAGACUCCAGGAAUCUCAUCCCUGCUCUGGUCAACUACAGUCAGAUUGGCAGUACAGAGCAGAUCAAUGAGACCGUACGCUACAUGGAGUUUUGUGUAUAUGAGCUGGCUGUAACGGAAGAGGCAAUCCACAACUACCUGCUGUCUCUCUAUGCCAAGUACAAGCCAGAGUCUUUGCUUUUGUACCUGGAGCAGACUGGAACGCACUCUUCAGAUAUUCACUAUGACCUCAAGUACGCCUUGCGUCUGUGUGCUGAACAUGGGCAUCAUAAGGCCUGCGUGCACGUCUAUAAGAUAAUGGAACUGUAUGAGGAGGCAGUGGAUCUGGCAUUGCAGGUUGAUGUGGACCUGGCCAAAUCCUGUGCAGACCUGCCGGAGGAUGACGAGGAACUGCGGAAGAAGCUGUGGCUGAAGAUCGCCCGCCACGUGGUGCAGGAGGAGAAGGACGUGAAGAAAGCCAUGAACUGCCUCUCCAGCUGCAACCUGCUCAAGAUUGAAGACAUCCUGCCCUUCUUCCCAGAUUUCGUCACCAUUGACCACUUCAAGGAGGCCAUCUGCAACUCGCUGGAGGAGUACAACAAACACAUCGAGGAGCUCAAGCAGGAGAUGGAAGAAGCCACCGAGAGUGCCAAGCGGAUUCGAGAGGACAUCCAGGAGAUGAGGAACAAGUACGGUGUGGUCGAGUCUCAGGAGAAAUGCGCUGCCUGUGACUUUCCCCUGCUCAACCGCCCAUUUUACCUAUUCCUGUGCAGCCACAUGUUCCAUUAUGACUGCCUCCUUCAAGAGGUCAGCCCCCACCUGUCUGCUUACAAGCACAGCAAGCUGGAGGAACUCCAAAAGAAGCUGUUGACCACCAGCCAGCCCACCAAGUCCAGACAUCGGCCGAAAGAGGAGGACACGGUAAGCCUGGGAAAAGGCCAGCUGAGCCGACAGCAGAUCAAGUCAGACAUUGAUGACAUCAUUGCUGCAGAGUGCGUGUACUGUGGGGAGCUGAUGAUCAAGUCUAUUGAUAAGCCUUUUAUUGACCCACAGAAGUAUGAGGAUGAAAAAUCAAGCUGGCUGUAAAGAUUGGUACAGCUGCAUCCAGAAUGGGGAUGAUUCUCACUAAGCUAAGGGCAAGUGCAGAACUAUCUGCUAGGAUGUACUGUGAAGUUUGCCUGUACUUAACUGCUGCAUUGGUGUAUAGCAAAACUGAAACCUACAACUGCACUUGUGAAUAUGUCUGCUCAGUUUGUGGUUGUAAGACAAGAAUAGCAUUUUCCUUCAAAUAUGUGUUUGUAAAGCACCUGGUUUCCUGCUCCCUUCUGCUUUUUUUUUUUUUUAUUUGCUCAGAACAGAAACAGAAGUAUACUAAUUCUCUUCAUAGCAGGUACAGCAGAAGUGGCAGCAUUGAGAAAUUAGAAAAUGCACUAAAUCUGCUUGAAAAAUGUAAAUCAAUACAUUUUAUCAAUACAUCUUUAAUUAGUCACCCUGAUAAAUGUUUUUCAAACCAUGCAAGUUUCUUUCACACCUACCUGUCGAUCUUCCUCAGCACUAUCGUAGAGAGAACAAUCUCUUAGGAGUAUGUAGUUCAGUCUACAUGUCUCUCUUUGUUCACUCUGAGAGAGUGCUGAUUGUGGUAACAGGGGAGGUAUAUUAGGAACUGAACUGAAACUGCCACAGAUUUGUAUAGAUUUCCACCACUACUGACCUUGACUGGCUUUUUACAGGUUCCAUCUCCAACUUCAAUCCACUGAGCUACCCACCUCUCUUCCUCUCCAUGUCCCCUUUGUAGAUUAAGAUGUGUAACAAAACAUACAGUUCCACACUGUAACCUCAUUGCCAUCCAGUUCAAAUUGAUGUCGGUUAAAUGCUGCCUUCUAGUGUUAUUGUACUCUUGCUUGGUUGAGCCCCUGUUUAAGCUCCAGACCGACUCCCUGUUUUCUUUUGUUGUAUAAUUCUAUUUUAAUGAGGAAUAAACGUGAAUAAAAGUCAGGGUGAGCAAAUUAAUAGCUUGGCUGUUAUUUAAAAAAAAAAAAAAAAAAAUCACAACUUGUCCCUUCUGUAUAAAAACCUUUUCUUUCGAAGGAGAUGGAACUCAUCUUAUUCUCUGUGUUACAGUAGUCUCCACCUAAGAGAACGCCACUCGGGAAGCAAGCUAAGUGUUCUUUAAGACCGAGUUGCAUCAACAUAUGAAAUUAAUAGACUAAGUAACUGUAUGUUAAUAAACUAACUGUCAAACUAAAUUAACACAGCACCCCUACACACGUUAAAGAAUGCAUCCGCAGCUCUAGAUUUAUUAUGAAUACCUUCACAGGGGCAAUAUUGUUCAACAGAUUUGUGAAGCAACUCACCAUAACGGAGAACACUAAAUUGCUCGGCAACUUGUGUCUCAUUCAGUUUUUUUCAGGAGCUCGAACAAUUUCCAACUUUUUGUAGCAAGAGAACCAGCGGCGCAUUUCAUCGUUUGAUUACAUGCUGUUUUGCAGUGAUGAGGUGCACCCCAUGGAAAUCAGAAUACAAAAAUGAGGCAAUGAUGACGCCGGUGCUGAAAAGAAUUAUUAAACCAAUCAGUGUGCCUCAAGACACUCGCGGUGACAAGUCACAUUUGAAAAGAUUGAAUAAACCAUUUGAAUUUAAGUUUGAUGAUGAUGAGUUGUGAAUGAAUUGCUUUUAUGCAAAGUUCCUCUUCCUUUAGGCGAAGCAUUUGCAAUGAGAAAAAACAGUUUCAUCACAAGGGUGUUCUCUUAGGUGAAGUGUUCUCUUAGGAGGUUCCUAUACGCGGUGACUAAUGCACCCCUUUUAAAAGCCUUGAAGAGCAUUCAGUAUAACCCAACAAUCUCAAUUCUGUCAAAUAAAGAAUGAUCUGGUUUGGAGUGUCUACAAACACUUCUGUUCGCUUUCAUGCCUGUACGUGAAACACGAUAAAAUGCUAAAGGUCACUUUUCAGUUUUAUUACCAUGCAAACAGCUGUGUGAUUGUGUUUCUGCUCCUACUGUCGAACCACACAGCAGCUUUGUGUGUGUCAUAUCAGAGGCCUUCCACAAUGUAACCAGUGUAUUACAGAAACGUACAAUCAGCUAAAUAUCCUGCAGAAAACAGUGUGUAUUCUUAAAGAAGUUAAAACCAAGGCUUUUGGUUUUCUUACUCUGCCUUUUAGUUGCAUUAUCAUUGAAUCCCAUUUUUUGUGUGGAAUAUCUCUUGGUUCUUUACCUGUUGCAGUUCCAUUUGGUACCUAAUCACUUCCUGUCAGGCCACUUUAGCUACUGCAUAGGAAUCUAUAACUGUAUUUGAAAAAACCUACAUUGUGAUAAAAGUCAGAGAACUUCAUCACAGCAGUAGUAAUGUUACUAAUAGGAGGUAUUACGAUGUUUUUAGAGCUUGAAAACCAACUUAAUUAACAACUAUAUAUUAAUUCUGAUUCACAAUUAUUAAGCUUUUAUGGUAGCUUUUCAUGAUUAAUGAGUUUUUUUUACAUCAAGGGGAAUGGAAUUCAAACUGAGGCUAUACUACAAUGACUAAUGCACUUACUUUUGUUGGUCAUAUUGAAUUAAAGCCUGUAACACUGCUGAGUAUGAUGAAGUGAUACUGUAUCAUUUUUGUGCAGGGAAGAUGUUUUAAUCAGCUGUUGCCACCUGAAAAGCAUUACAUGGACUAAAAUGAUUGUGACUGUAUUAUCAUCAGUACAAAAUAAAAUACUACGUGACCUUA